CUCUGUCCUCUCACACUCGUUGGAACAAUCCAAGAGCCCAAGAACCAGGAGAGAAAAGCCGGCAAUUUUGUCUCUGCUUCCUCUCUCUUCCAUCACCAUCUAUCAUCGUAAGAAUGGCAACGUUUGAACUUUAUCGUAGAUCGACGAUCGGGAUGUGUUUGACGGAAACAUUGGACGAGAUGGUUCAGAAUGGUACUUUGAGUCCAGAGCUCGCCAUUCAAGUUCUUGUCCAGUUCGACAAGUCUAUGACUGAAGCUCUGGAAAGUCAAGUUAAAAGCAAGGUCACCAUUAAGGGACAUCUGCACACCUACAGAUUCUGCGACAAUGUCUGGACCUUCAUCUUACAAGAUGCUGUGUUUAAAAAUGAGGAAUGCCAGGAGAAUGUUGGUCAGGUUAAAAUAGUCGCAUGCGACUCAAAGCUGCUGUCACAAUGAGAUGUAGGCGACUGGCAUGUUCAAUAAAGAGAAUAUUAGUUUUAUCUGCUGUUAGUAAAGGGUGAUGGUGGCCAGGAAGAUUAGAGAGAGUUUGUGCAAUCAGUUGCAGCAGGCAACCAUGUAAGAAUGCAUAUAAAUUGUAAAACCCAUCGACCUAGUAUAAUUAUUUGAUGUUAACAUUCCCAAUUUCGACAUAGCAGUAGAUUAUACCUCUUUCUUCA